AUAAAAAUUUGUAGGAGCGUGAUUGUGUUUAUCUAUAGGUUAGUUUUGACAUGUCCCCGUAAAAAUUGUUGUCAUUCAAAACUUGUUGACUAUAACAUGCCAAAGGGAGUGAAGCCCUAAGCCUUUGUCAUUCAAAAGUUGUGAAAUUGUAAACCACCUAAGUCUCUCAUUCACAAAACUUGAAGAAAAACAAAAUAUGUCUUCUGUUAAAUCUCUAUCUCGUUCAACUUCAAAGCAAUCAUGUUUUUUUAUAUUUCUUGUUCUUGUCUCCUUACCCCUUCUAAUAUUUGUCCUUUCAACCAAGUAUCAAACAAUUGAUGUUCAAGAGAUAAAAAAACCAGCUUGGUUUGAAGUAAUUAUAUCACAAGGUUUGAAUAGCAAAACAAAUAUCAAGGUAGGUCUUGUUAACAUACAUUCAAUAUCAACAUCAAUGGAUGAAAUUCAACCACAAGUAGAUUUUGUACGUGUUCAUUUUGACCAUGUCGAUGAGAAUUUGAAAUGGAAUGAUUUUUUUCCGGAAUGGAUCGACGAGGAAGGAAAAUAUGGUGAAUUACCAAAGUGUCCAAACAUGCCAAUGCCAAAUUUUGAGAAUUACAAAGAUCUUGAUGUUGUGAUGGUUAAUGUUCCAUGUGGUGUUCAAGGAUCAACGGAGGAAAAAGGUAUUAGAGAUGUGUUGAGGUUACAAGUUAAUUUAAUUGUGGCUAAUUUGGUUGUGGAAAAUGGGUUUGUUAAAGAGUUAGAUAAUGGUAAUAGGAAUAUUUAUGUUGUGUUUGUGGGGUCAUGUGGUCCUAUGGUUGAGAUUUUUAGAUGUGAUGAUUUACUGAUGCAUCAAGAUGAAUAUUGGGUUUACAAGCCUGAUUUCAACAGACUCAAACAAAAAACUCUUAUGCCCAUUGGUUCGUGCCAGAUUUCUCCUGGUUAUGCACAAACAGGUAAAGAGUUGUGGAGAGGUUAUUUCCCACAAUUAUCGGGGAAAAAUAAAAGUAGUGUGCAAAUUCCAAAGCUAGCUUAUGUAACCGUUCUUCACUCUUCAGAAGCUUAUGUUUGUGGUGCAAUAGCUCUUGCUCAAAGCAUUCUACUAACCGGUAGUAGCAUAUCUGAACCCAUUGAUCUUGUCCUCCUAGCCGAUGAUUCUAUUUCCCCUAAAUCAAUCGACGGUUUAAAAUCCGCUGGAUGGAAAAUCAUCCACAUUCAACGUAUCUUAAGUCCCUUUGCCAAAAAAGAUGCAUAUAAUCAAUGGAACUAUAGCAAGCUUCGUAUGUGGCAACUAACUAUGUAUGAUAAAAUCAUAUUCAUUGAUUCCGAUAUUUUGGUCUUGAAGAAUAUUGAUGGUUUAUUUUCUUAUCCUCAACUUUCAGCUGCCCCUAAUGAAGAUGUUAUAUUUAAUUCCGGUAUAAUGGUAGUUGAGCCAUCGCAAUGCGUGUUUGAGAAUAUGAUGCAUAAAACUUCUAAGGUGAAACCAUAUAAUGGAGGUGACCAAGGUUUUUUAAAUGAAAUAUUCACAUGGUGGCAUAGAUUACCAAAAAAAAUUAAUUACAUGAAAUCGUUUAGGAGUCUAGGAAAAAAUGAUACUAAGCAUGAAGUCAUAGAGGAUGUGUACACUAUGCAUUAUUUGGGAUUGAAGCCGUGGAUGUGUUAUAGAGAUUAUGAUUGUAAUUGGGACAUGCAAGAUCGUCAUAUAUAUGCUAGUGACUCGGCUCAUCGUUUAUGGUGGAAAGUUUAUGAUACUAUGCCAAAGCAUUUGCAAUCAUAUUGUGCACUUACGGAGAAAACAAAUGAAAGAAUUGUCAAGCAUAGAAGAAUAGCAAAAAAUGCUAGUUUCCCCGAUGGUCAUUGGAAGAUUAAGGCUAAAGAUCCUAGGAAGAUAAAAUAUUCAGAUUAGAAUUAUAAGGUGUUGUACAAGUCCAGAUUUUAGCUUAUGAUUUUGGUAUGAGUUCUUGGUUUAUAGAUUAUAUGUAGUUUACUUAAACCCAUGAUAAACAAAAAAAUAAGGUCUAAUAUCUAUCUAUCUAUCUAUGGAUAAUUUA